UGAAGCGAACCAAUUCAUUAUUGAGAUUUUGUCAAUGGAAGGAAAUUUGGUGUGAAUUGGAAUGCAAAUAGGUCCAGUGCUCUAAUCAUCAUUUAAACCACGCAGUUGGAAUAUUCCCCACUACCCACCAUAUAUUUAAAACUUCAGUGUCUUCUGCCAUGGCUGCAAGCAAGAAUUUUGUUAACACUCUCCUUCAUUAAAUUUAGUUAUCUCCAUCCCAAGAUGGGAUUGGUCAUGUUCAUGUCUCUUUUAACACUAUCAAUGCUUCUUUACUUGUGCUUAAUUUUACGGCGAGUUCGGGGGUUCUCCGGCCAUGGUCCUCCAAACUACCCCAUCAUCGGAUGCUUGGUGUCCUUCUACAAGAACCAGCAUCGCCUGCUCGACUGGUACACUGAUCUUCUUGCGGAGUCAACCACACAGACCAUAGUGGUUCACCGGUUGGGAGCCCCACGAACCAUUGUGACAGCAAACCCCUCCAACAUUGAGUACAUACUCAAAACGAACUUUGACAACUUCCCCAAAGGCAAGCCCUUCGCUGAGAUCCUCGGGGACUUUCUGGGCAGUGGCAUAUUCAGCGUAGAUGGAGAGCUUUGGCAAGCGCAACGCAAGUUGGCUAGCCACGAGUUUAGCACCAAGUCCCUACAGGAAUUCGUCUUAAAAACAAUGAAGGAUGAGGUUGAGGAAAGACUGUUGCCACUGCUUGAGUCACUGGCAGGGAAGGAGAAUGUGGCUGUGGACUUGCAGGAGUUGCUGAGGAGACUGGCAUUUGAUAUGGUUUGCAGGGUUUCAUUAGGAUUUGAUCCAUGUUGCUUAGAUAGAGAGAAUCCUUCUCCACCAGGGUGGUUCCCUCUUGCCAGAGCUUUCGAUACUGCAUCACAGAUAUGUGCAAGGCGAGGGGCAGCCCCCAUUUUUGUCAUUUGGAAGAUCAAGAGAUGGAUCGGGAUUGGAUCGGAGCGAGAGCUCAAGAAGGCUAUAGGGGAAGUUCAUGAAUUUGUGGGGAGAAUAAUCGAAAAGAGGAAAGAAAAAGCAGAAGGCAGCAGUACUGGUCAGGAUGAUCUCUUGGGCAGGUUGGUAUGUGCAGGGCACGAGGAGGAAGUGAUAAGAGACAUGGUCAUAAGCUUCAUAAUGGCCGGGAGGGACACGACAUCAGCUGCCAUGACAUGGCUCUUCUGGCUGCUUUCCCACCAUCCUGACAUAGAACAGGAAGUGGUGGAAGAGGUAAGGUCUGGGAUGGGUGAUAGAGAAUUGGUAACCUAUGAGUCACUGAAGGAGAUGAGAUUGUUGAAGGCAUGCCUCUGUGAGACUAUGAGGCUGUACCCGCCUGUGGCCUGGGACUCCAAGUAUGCUGAUGGAGACGAUUUGUUGCCAGACAGCACACCGGUUCGGAAGGGGGACAGGGUGACAUACUUUCCCUAUGGAAUGGCGAGGAUGGAAGGUUUAUGGGGGAAAGACCGGUUCAGGUUCAAACCAGACCGGUGGUUUGAUGAACCGAGCAGGGAGAGGAGAACGUUGAAGCAGGUGUGUCCCUACAAGUUUCCGGUUUUUCAGGCUGGUCCAAGAAUGUGUCUAGGGAAGGAGAUGGCUUUUGUUCAGAUGAAGUACGUGGUAGCUUCGGUACUAAGACGAUUCAGCCUUAGACCGGUUGGGGUGGGCGGGCCUCCUGCUUUUGUGCCACUCCUGACGGCUCACAUGGCUGGUGGGUUCAAGGUUGUUGUCUGCCGGAGAUGAACUGGCUCCGGCUGAGUAUGCCUGAAAGGCUAAUUAAAUUAAUAAAGGGCCGAUGGAUCUAACUUAAGAUUCCUUGGGAAUGUUGAGUGUAUAGCACCAUUAACCCAUGGCCAUUUUUCAUCAUCAAUCCCAGAGGCCAGAUACUCGAGACAUGAUCCGAAGAUGUGUUACUCAUAACUUGCUGAGGCCUAAUCUGUGCUUAGACUUUUAUUAUGAUUUUUGGGAUCACAGAUUUCGGGAUUUGGAUUUAAAUUUGUGUUGAUUUAAAUAAAACUCUACACAAUUGAAAUCCGAAACUUAAAAAUCUGAAAUCCGAAACUUAAAAAUCCCAACCGUCAAACACAUGGUAAAAAUUAGUCAGAGGCUCAGAAUUCACGUUCCUGCUUCCAAUGAUGAUUUCACAUGUAGUGUUGGUGCAAAUUUCAUUUUUAAAUUGCUUCCAAUGAUCAUUUCA